GGGUCAUUUUCCAGUCUCACAACUUUUCACAAGUUGUUUUAAUUUGUUUGAACUUUGUGGAACUCAUGUGACAUCUAUGUUGCGUUUUUUAAGUACUUAGGCAUAAAAGAAUUCGAUUAUAUACUGUCGUUUUAAUAUGGAUAUCAUCUUUACAGUUUUGGUCCUAUUAAUUUAAAUCAACGAUAACUAUAUGUAGAAUAUUGUUCUCGAAUGAAGGUGAAUCACCUGUAACUUUCAAAAGAACCGGUACCAGUUACACAGGAGAUUUAAAGUCUUCACAGUUUCACGUUAAACCAGUUUAUCUAAGCGAUAAAGGCCGUCGUACUAUUGUUUCGCCCCGUGAAGAAGGAGAGGCUUAUUCAGAUGAUGAAAAUGAUUCUGGUAUGCCACCAGUUGAUUCAAAGCGUGAAUAUAACAGCAAACAAAUAACUCAUUUUGAUAAAGAGGAAGGUGAGGCAUCUAGUGAAGAGGACCGACGUUAUGACAAUUCAAAGCGGGAAAAAUCAGGUUCCAGUAAAUAUCCUCCAGGGAACACAAAUUUGACACUUGAGGAACAUCAAUAUCGGAACCGUUUACAUGAAAGAUAUGAACGACGUGAGCGUGAGAAGAAGAGAAUACGCGAUAACAUAGAUCCAGAGUCAAUGCAUGGGUCGAACCAACAUGGACGUCCAGUAUAUUACAAAGAAAAUUCUACCUCCAGCAGUGAAAGAGAAGGUAUCCAUUCUAAUCCAAAAGUGGAAGACUCAGAAGUUAAUCGGAAGUAUCAGUCUUCGAAACAAUCGGAUUCAAAGCAGAGAGAUCGUAUAUUAGUGUCUACGGUUCAUCAAACAUUAGAAAAGUCACCUCAAGACAAUCGACAAUACAAAACAGCUUUACAAGUAGAACGCGAGGAAUAUGUGCUAAAAUAUGGCCAAAAUCAAUCAAGUUGUGUUACUGUAACUGAUAGAAUUAUUGAAUCGCAAACUAUUUAUACAGAUGAACUAAAUCCUUCACAACCAGAGAUAAAUCGUAAAUCGAAAUCUAAAAAAUCUAAACGUGAUCGGAAAGAAAAAGAGCAGAAGAUGACAUCAAAAGGUCGAGAGGUGACAACAUUAAAAGUUAAAAAGGAAAGUAAGCAACGAAAAAUUCAAUCUGGUAAUAGUAGUAGUCAUUUAGACUAUAAUACUUGGGAGUCAAUUCAAAAAUAUACCAAACUUCCAGAUCGUCAUCAUGGACCUCUCCAACAUAGUCGUUCAGGUUCAUUAGAUUCCAUAUCUUCCGCUUCAUCUCAACUGAGUAAAGUUUCUGCAUACACUGGUUGUUCAUCACACUCAUCACCCUUGGGAUAUCGUAAGUCAUCAACAUCAUUAACAAGUGGUCAACAACUUCGACGCUCUUCUCAAUCACCCAAUGAUCUUGAUGAAUCAUAUACCUAUUCUAAGAAACGUUAUCAUCGUGAAGCUAGAGAAACUGCUCCACCACCUGAAUCUACACGUCAUUAUGUUGGUCCAAAUCAAAUAUCGGUAAAAAUGAAACAUAAGCGUAAAGGUGACAAACGUGAAACAUCUGAAAGUAUUAAUUAUGGAGUAAAUUUGGCUAGUAAACGUGAAAAACUAUCACAGGACAGUGAAAAUCAUGAAUUACAAAUAGAAGAUUCACAUACACACUCAACCACUGGACGCACCAAAAGUAAGAUGUCAAAAUCUCUUGGAACAGAACCUAGUAAACACAAAAAACACUCAUCUAAGAGUUCAAAAAUGAAAAACAAUCGAUCAACAAUGAGAAAGAUAUCAUCCACUUCAAAACUGGAAGGAGACUAUGAACAAAGUAGUCGCAAUCUCUAUAAGUUAGUAGUAAAUAAACCCGAAGGUGGUGAACAGUAUUCAGAAGAAAGUGACUCAGAUCCACACAAUAUCAAUGAUAAUAGCAACAGUCGACGAAAUAACCAUGAAAUUAGUUAUAACAAGAUAGCAGAUAUUGAUAUCAAUGAGAAAGCUGGUGGAAAAUCUAAGGAAAUGAAUGUAUUAUUUCCUGCUGGAAAUAAAAUAAUUGGGAAUGAUAUAAAAGGUGAAUUUAAUAGACUACCACCUCCUCCGCGUUAUCCGGGCUAUUCAGAAUCUUCAUCUGAAUGUGAAGAAGGUGGAGUACCCGAUAAUGGUUUUUUGGAUGAUGAUGAUGACGAUGUCAAUAAUCAUAAACUUGAUGAUGUUGAACUUCAUAAAGACGAUGAUGUUGUUAAUGAUGAUGAAAUCAGUUCCUUUAAGAAUAAACCACCUGGGAAGCCAUUCUAUUUCCCAUCUAUACAAGGUUGUAGAUCAGUAGAAGAAUUUGAAUGUCUCAAUCGUAUUGAAGAAGGCACUUAUGGUGUUGUCUAUCGAGCACGUGAUAAAAAAGUGAAUGAAAUUGUUGCAUUGAAACGUUUAAAAAUGGAGAAAGAACGUGAUGGUUUCCCAAUUACAUCAUUACGUGAAAUAAAUAUGUUAAUGAAAGCUCAACAUGAAAACAUUGUUACUGUACGUGAAGUAGUAGUUGGCAGUAAUAUGGAUAAAAUCUAUUUAGUUAUGGAUUAUGUUGAACAUGAUUUAAAAUCAUUAAUGGAGAUUAUGAAUGGUCCUUUCAGUGUUGGUGAAGUGAAAUGUUUACUUGUACAAUUACUAAGAGCAGUUAGUCAUCUACAUGAUAAUUGGAUAUUACAUCGAGAUUUAAAAACUUCAAAUCUUCUGUUAAGUCAUCAAGGAAUUUUAAAAGUAGGAGAUUUCGGCUUGGCUCGUGAAUAUGGCUCUCCAUUGAAACAUUAUACAGAAGUUGUUGUCACCUUAUGGUAUCGAGCACCGGAGCUGUUACUAGGUACCAAACAAUAUACUUGUCCAAUUGAUUUAUGGUCAGUUGGUUGUAUUUUCGCUGAAUUCUACUACAACGACCAUUAUUCCCUGGGAAAGGUGAAGUGGAUGAAUUAAAUAUUAUUUUUCGAGAUUUGGGCACACCAACAGAACGUAUUUGGCCAGGUGUAUCUCAGUUGCCUGGAAUUAAAAAAUGUGUUUUUACUGAAUAUCCGUAUAAUCAAUUAAGACGAAGGUUUACUGAAAAACAAAUAUCUGAUCAAGGCUUUGAUUUAUUGAAUAGCUUCCUUACAUAUUGUCCAGAUAAACGGAUUACCGCAGAAAAAGCACUUGUUCAUCCAUACUUCAACGAACGUCCUCGUGCUAUCCAUCCAUCAAUGUUUCCAAGUUGGCCAGCAAAGUCUGAAGGUGGUGUUGCAGUGAAAAGAGCAUCACCUAGAGCACCUGCUGGCGGUGGUGCAUUGGCAGCGGCUGCGGCUGCUGUUGCUGCUGCCGCAGCAGCGGCGGCAUCAUCACUAGCCACAACAAGUGGUAGUCGUGUAAGGUAUCAGCCUCCGGCGCCUCCUAUGGGAGGUCAACGGUUUUAUAGCAAUAUGUCUGAUUCACGUCCAGGUACAGCGAAUCAAGGAUCAGGUGAUGCUUUUACUACUAGUGGUGUAGAUAAAGGAUUCUUACUGCGUUUUUGAACUGUUCCUGUUGUUAGAAGUUCACAUAUCCUCUCUUUCCCUCCCUCGCGUUCUCUAUAUCUCUCUUAGAUCCAAUUCCUUGUACAGAAAAGACUUAAAACUCUUGCUUUUGGAUUGUAACUUGUUCUCAAAAAAUGUAUAUGUAUUGUAUUGAAAAAAACCCAACUUAUUUUGCCA